AUGUGUCUCUUUCAGGCAAUAACCUUUCUCUGCAAGCACACCGUCACCAAGAGUACGGACUGCUCACCGGCUCAACGCGAUUCAGCUCGGCACACCAUCAGCAGAAGGGAUUUGACUCCAACAGAACUCUGCCCUGAUUGCCGCCCCUCUCGGCCCAAGAAGUACCACAAGUCUCGUUCAAUCAAGGACAUGGUACUUCCAAAGCUAAGACGCGCAAGACGUACCACCAAAACCUUCUCCAGUCAGGUAAGUUUAAGUUCCAUGAAAACCCAUAUACGUAAAGCGUCGCUGAAGACCAUUGCAUCAUUAGGCGCAAUGAUUUCACCAACCGAUACGAAACUGGCACAAGGAAUCAAGAGAAAUCGAGAAGCAACCUCCUCAGAAGUUGGACGCAAAGGCGAUCAAGAGAGCGCAAUCACUCACAGGUGCGUGUCUUCGUUCCACGAAAUCGAAUCCCGACGUAAUCGCUAUGAUUAAUAAGGAAAUGGCAAAGAACAGAUCUUAUGCGGCUAGUCUGAUAAGCAGCUCCUCUAGCGACUCGUCGAUUAGACAACCUUCGUCUGUAUCUUCGCAGGUAGGUGAUAGAAGAGCUUCUACCCCUACGGGUAAAGAUCUCGCGUGGCUCUCUGGUCAUGUUGGGUAUGGUCCGAAUCAAUCCCCUCUGGACGAUCGUAAGCCUCUUCUUACGUCGCAAGCUAUUGAGACAAGAAGUCCUACGCCGCCGGUUCAAGACCUCGAGUCGCUUUCUGGUUAUGUUGCGUAUAGUCCGAAUCAAUCUUCAUUGAACGACCGCAAUAAUCUUCCUAGCCAAAGACCAACUAAUCAUAAGUCGACAGCCAGUAUGCCAAAUCUCUUGAAGAUUGGUACUGGCAUGGCUUGGUUAACGGAAGAAGACUUGGGAGCGAGUGCUCGACGUGGCUCGCGAGCGGAAGAGCAAGCAAAAGAAUUUCAUAAUUCCUGCUAUAAUGGGUCUUCGAGUGCAAGUCCCUCUGCACACGUCGAACUGCCAGGCUCUGAGAUCCCCCAAGUGCCAUCUCGAUUUCGACGACCUCUGCCAGCUGAGCUCGCCGUCCCUCCUUCGUCAGGCUAAAGAAACAGAAGUCCGAUUUCAAAGGUAGGUCAUCCUUCUAAGAUUCGGCCCUCUGAGCUUGCCGCCUCCGCGGUACCAAGUUCAAGAACCAGAGGCCCAACCUCAAAGGCAAGUCACCCUUCUAACAUCCCCGCUCUCUUGCAGCCGGGAUAUGUAGAACCAGAUCAAGCCACGAGAAUUGACGUUUCUCCCAUCCCCGCUCUCCUGAAGCCAGGAUAUCAAGAACCAGACCGCGCCACGCGAAUGGAACCCUUCACCACAAUCCCAGACAUCCUAUUAACAGCCCCAACCCCACCCUCUCCAUCCCCCUCUGACACCAGACCAACUGCACAACCCUUAGUUUCCAGGCCACUAACCCCGGCCUUACCCCUGAGCCCAAUCCUCACCAGUAAAAGGGGUCAAAAUUACCAGACCAUGAAUUUGCAUAGAUCCAAGAACGAGAUCAUGCGAGAUCAGAACGGUCAUCUCGUCCCCCGAUUUGCAGGUCAAGCACUACCCAUCAUCGGUGUGCGACCCACUCAUCGCGAACAAAAUCAAAGUGUUGCGCGUAAUUCGCCCAUCUUGGAUGCAGAUUUGCAAGACACGGAGCUGUUGUUUGGGUUUGCUGAUGAGUAUUCGGCUAGGGGUAAGAAACUUGGAGAUGCAAGAGGUACUGGUAGGGUUUCUGAGCCACACUAUGGUUUCUUGAACGAGGCCAGCGUCGUCGACAAGGUCGACGAUAAGUCCUCUUUGCAAAAGAGUGGUUGUCGUCAGAGUUGGUGGAGAUGA